CCUAAACAUGCCAUCCCCAUCUUCAACUCAUCAAUUUUCUCUCCUCGGAGCCGCAAUCGCACAAUUAACCCCGGCAUAGAUCGACAGCUAUUCUACCAACUACCGGGAGAUGAGGGCCCUGUCCCCUCGAUUUCACUCUCCCCCAGACACCUACGUUUGCCACCAAGCAUUGGCUGCAUCGAUCCGAUCCAACCCGCUCAUGUACCUCCGGUCUUGACCUUGACUGCAGCCGACCGAGCACUACAUCACGGAUUCAUCCAUUCACCUAUUCACACUGAUUACGACAAAAGAGAGACACCCCCGGCGGCUAUUCACCUUCAACAUUCAUCUUUGCUGCACGACAUCGAACUAUUACUAUUAUUUCUCUUCUUCAUACUAAACCCCUUCGUCCUCUUCUCUUUCUCCAGUCCCUGCUGCUCCAACGCCCCGCCAUCAGAGUGCCUUGACGGCAUCUUCGCCCUCCGUCCGACCGAAAGUGAAUCGCCUCAACCGUUAAUCCUCGCAGUCACUCGAUUCUGACAUCUCUCUCAACGGAACCCAAGACUUGCAGUCCGUCUACCCAUCGCGCUUAUGGAUCCCAAUUGGAUUGACGCCAUCGACCCAGCAUCGAGCCAGAGAAGACCAAGCACUGCUCCUCCGUCCUGUGACGAAGAAAUGCCCACUCUCCUUGAACUGUCAGAUUCCCAUGAAAGAGGCCAAGCGAUGUCCGCCGUUACAUGGCCCACGAACGAAAUUCCGGUUGAGAUUUUCGAGAUCAUCAUUUCAUACCUCACCCGCCUCGAGGUCAGAUGUUUGCGACUUGUCUGUAAAGAAUUCGAGAACAAGGCUUCUGCACAGUACUUCCGAAAUGUUGUCGUGCCCUUCAAGUCGGAGCUUUACAGCAAGUUGGAUCGUGAUGAAAACGGGGCCUUUAAGCGCACGUCCUCCGCUCUCCUCUCAAAUGGGAUGCGCAUCUUCCAGUCUUUUGGUCCACACAUCCGGCGCUUUGCCCUGUCUUUGGAACUUGACGAGGACACGCUCUCAUACCCUCCAGUGAAGCCUUCUCAAGAAGCUAUACCCUCUUUCUGGGGCAUAUACCGCUGGCCACAUGGCACUUACCACCGAUAUACUGAUCUUGAAGGUCUCGAACAAACGGCUGACGAAACUGAGGCCAUGAAGGAAGCGCUCAAGUGUCUGGUUAAAGUCACAAAUCUUGGACUCUGUUGCGAUGCUGGCCUUGGAUUUCUGUCGGGGCCCGAUCACAUCGCACGAGGUGCAACCACUCUCCAUCCUGUGUUUGCAACGCAGAAUUGGCGUCACACUGGUUCUGAGGCACAAGCUCGGAAGCAACCAAUCGUCACCAUGUCCGACCUAAAUGAAAUGGUCAAGGAUUUCAGAAAGCCUGUGUUUGAGAACCCCAUUAGUUUCAAGCGAACAGUUCUGCAAAAGAUGGCCUCAGAUGCUGGGUACUCAGGCUCCCAGAUCAACGAAGCUGUACUCAUGCUGUUAGAGACUGAAGGCACCAAUAUCAACGCGAUUGACUUUGAUGAGAGAGCAACCAUAAUCACUGAGAUGGAAGCUAGACGAGUAAUGGCGCAAAACACACAUCGUGCUGACUUUGAACCAGCCGCCUCAGAGGCGGUCAACCACCCGCUGAUUCCCGCCAGUCUCACAAGAGCACAGAAAGAAAUGCUCCUCGAGCUCGAGUGGGCGCAUCGCGCCAUGAUCCAGUCCUAUGUCAUUGGCCUUAUCGACAAUGCCCGGGACAACUGCUUCAAAAACCUUACCACCAUCACGAUUGCUAAGAUUCCCAGUAGCCAUGUGUAUAUCCUUUGUCGGCAUGAGCUGUGGCAGAAUCUAUCGUCUCUCACCAAUGUUUCGCUGGGGGUUAUUGCUGACUGGCGACGCGUUUCCAAGUCUGCACCGGGCUGUGUAGAAGAUGACGCAGUUUCUCCUGUUGAGGCUGUUGGUAAGGUUUAUCAAUUGCUCAACAAUUACAUUGGCGCUCAGCGACACAUCGAAAGCCUUCACUUUGAAUGGAUCUGUGGUGGAGAGUUUGCUCCUGGGACAUAUCAGCGAAACCACCACAUCCUUCCAGCACCGUUCUUUGAACAACCUCAACUCAUGACUCGCAUUGAUAGCCCCAAGACUAAUACGGACGAUCUCUUGUCAUUGCCGUUUAUUAAACAUUUAUCACUCAAGAACUGCUGGGCCUCGCCGCAUGUCCUUUUGCAAACAAUACGCAAUAUGGCCUUGUCCACACUCGAGAAGCUCGAUCUGGAAUCUGUAUCACUUUCCGGUCCACCGACUCUCACUCCCCAAGCUCCACUCCAGCAAGCUGGCGCAGCAAACAAUGCUCAUCUGCUGAACAUGAUUGGGAUGCACCCUGCACCUCCUGGGGUGCUGGUACCUCCGCCUACCAAUAUAGCGAAUGGAGUUGUUGCACCAUUCCCAUUCAACGCAACGGCUCAGCAGAUUGCAGGAGUAUUCGGAGCGGCUUUCAUGCCACCGCCACCACCCAACAAUCAGGCUCCUCCGCCGCCCCCUCCACCUGCAGCUAUGGAUAUCUUACAGCAACCAGAUGUAUUAUCUUGGGCAGGCAUCAUAGAGCAUUUCUCUCCAAGCAUCAAGAUCAGAGACAUCUUGAGUGCCAGAGACGAGCUGAAUUUGAAUAUCUCGAGCCUGCCAGCCCCUGACCAGGCGGAACCCCUAGCGCAGCACAUCCCUGCGCCGCAGCGCCUACGCUUAGACGAGAAGAAGUAUACUCUGAAGUGCCUCUCCUUCAAGUCCUGUGGGUAUGUUACAGUCGACUCACCGGCUUUAAAUACUCGGAGUAUCUUGCCGCAUGGCGCUCAGGGCCUUGGGGCCAACGGCAAUCCGCACAUCCAGGACCUAUCACCUCUGAUGCAGAAGUGCCGGGACAAGCUUCUCUGCCGGAUCGUUCCUUGCUUAAGGAACCAGGAGCUACUGCAGCUUACAACUGCUUUCGGUAUGGACAUGGGAUGGGCCAAUGUAUAUGAUGAGCGUACAAUUUACGACGCUAGAGCGGAUGGUGUUGAGCAACCCGGAAAAGGACGAUUUUCGGGCACAGUUGAUGCUGCCAGUAUUGCAGGGGCACGAGAUGGCGAGGCCAUGGUGAGCCUAGACUUUUAGUUCAGGCUCUAUGGUGACCAUACUUGAUUCCCCAAUUUUCGUAUUACCGCUCAGUAACCAAGAUAAUGGCCAGACGCUUCCGCAAGGGCUGGAUGAUCAGGACGGCGUAUAGUAUCCACUGCUGCUAAUAAAUGACGACUCACCAUGGACAGAUGGUGAGAACUGAACGGUUGGGCUUAGCAUUGCUGUAAUAGAAAGGAUGGCAGAGGCGUUUGGUAAUUGUUUUUCGAAAACUGGCAUGGAAAAAGGCAAUCGGGCCUCGCAGAAUUGGAUGGGAUGGCUAAUGUCGUAAUGAUCGCUGAGUGAAAAUCGAGCCAGGGGACUUUGCUCCCAUCGCAUUCGCUAUGUUGCUAGUUGGGAUCAGUUAAGUUUGCUCAAUCGAUAGCUGCUAGCAAGCAUUGUAUAAGUAAUGAUAUCGAACACCUUGGAGGAGUGUGAUAUAUGUUCAGUGUCGCUAAAUCCAACCUGAUGCAAUGCCUCACUCGUGACCGACUAACGUGAGUCUACGGGGUGCAUCAGCGCUGAGUUUUACUAAUUAAUCAU